CUCUUUAACCUCUAAGCUAUGACAUAAUAAAAUAUUCUCGGUUCGGCGCGGAUGUUGAAAUUUCAUGGAAAAGCAUGAAUUGGGAAAUCCCUAGUUAUUGCAUUACGUAAUAUUUAAAAAAUUUUUCAAAAACAUGGUAAGCUAUCGAAUUGAUCUAGUUUAGAUUAUACGCAGUUGAGAAGUGAGCAUAAGUUAUAUACAUAUGUAUAAAAAUGUCAAAAUACUCUAAAGAAAACCUUUUAUUAAUAAUUGGGAUUAGUGGAGUAACUUGUGGAGGAAAAACGACAACAGCUACGAAAUUAAAAGAUCUUCUACCAAAUACGACAGUGGUUUCCCAGGAUGAUUAUUUUAUCCUAGAUCUAGAAGAUCCUCGACAUAUAUGGAUUCCAGAAUUAAAUCACAUAAAUUUUGAUGUAAUCACAUCUCUGGAUAUGGAAAAAAUGUAUAAAGAUAUUCUACAUUUUAUUAGCAUAAAUAAUUUUAAACGAGUUGAUUAUACAGAUAAAAUUGUUUUUGGUACUAAUGGUGUACAAUGUUCGGCAAAUAUUCUUAAUAUUGUUCGAAACAAAAUGGAAGAAGCAAAAUUAAAUAUAUUGAUUAUUGAAGGAUUUUCUGUAUUUAAUUAUAAACCGAUGCAGGACAUAUUCGAUUUAAAAUAUUAUUUCACUCUUGACAAAGAAGAGUGCCUUAAUAGAAGACUUAAAAGAGUGUAUGAUCCACCAGACUGUCCUGGCUAUUUUGAAAAAUGUGCUUGGCCUGAACAUCUCAAUCAUUUAGAUGAAGUUAAAAACACAGUAAAAGAUGUUAAAUAUAUCGAUGGAAAGAAUAAAAAUCCAGUAGAUAGAAUAUUAAAAGAUAUACAGCUUUAUAUGCAAAAAUUAUGAUUUUAAAUAUUUUUUAAUAUAAUUGUUUAACACAUAAUUUUCUUAAAUUAUAAGGAGUAACUGGUUAAAUUCUGGUAAUUUGCUUUUAAUCAUUUAAUAUUUGCCUGAUAUUUAAUACAAGUAUAAGGCAAGUAGCAUAAAAUUUAAGUUGAUCCUUAAAAUUAAGAAGCACGUUCAUUUUUAAAAUGAUAUGAUUGUAACUUGUUUUUUAACAAAUUACAAUCACAU